AUUUGGCGAAAAGCAGCCAGCUCAAUUUGGAAAAUAGCGGUAUGAAUAAUUUUAGUGUUUCUAGUUGACUACAUACAAGUAGUUUAUUGAUUAAAAUUCGGGAGCUUUAAGAAAAUGUUGUUCAAUCGAAAUAUGUUUGUGUUUUUUCUGCUAAUAACGGGAUUUGCGUUAGCUGUGAAUUCGCAACAGUUGCUGGAAGCGAUCGCUACCGGAAGACCCGUGUGCCCGGAGCGGUGCAAUAUGGCCUUCCGAUGCGAUCCUUACUAUAGCGGUCCACCGGUGUGGACGAUAGUAGAUGGUGUUUGCAGACUUUUCAAGACAGACUGCCUCUUUGCUAGCACCAACUGUAAUCGUCAGAAUGAGUGUUUACCAAAGUUGACGACAACUUCCCAACAAAUAUGUCAGACAAAGUGCAUGAAUGCGUGUGAGCAAGUGCCCACUAUGCCGGUGUGUGCUGCUUUUCCCUAUGUAACGGCAUAUGCGGACCGGAAUGACGGUAUGAUCACCUUCAAAAAUAAGUGUGAAUUAGACAAAUGGUCUUGUUGGAAUUCAAAAGCAUACAUCUCAGUGAGCGAAGGGACUUGUUUUUGAAAAUGCAAAAUUGAGUUAUCAGUCCAUAACUGUUAAUGACAAUAAAUCAAUAAUUUAUCAAAAAUAUCAAGCUCUUAUAUUUUUACGUACCUAUGUUCCAAUUUUACUAAACCAUGACAUAUUUUAUAUUACGAGAAAAUUACAAUAAAAUAUUUGUUCACAUAA